AUAGCAGCUACGGAGAGAGAGAGAGAGAGAGAGAGAGGGAGAGAGAUAACGGGAUAACUGCAGGGAGAGUUCGCUGGAUUUCAUAUCGCUCGUUAAACUGCUGCACAGACACACAACACUUGAUGUUGUGGAGCAGCGAGAGACACGGAGACAAGCGCAGGCGAGUUUGACCCAAGUUGAAGGCAGCGUUUCGGGUGGUGAGCUGCCGGAGGAAGCGGAGGCAGCGCGCUGUGUUUUCUGGGUUUUGUUGAGCGGGAAAUAAAAGAAAGAAAAGAAGGAAGAAUAGAAAACACGGGCUCGUCAACAGUUAGGAAGUGACAUGAACAACAGCUGAAGUCAGCCGGUAAAUGUGGUGAGGUUCUCGGAGAGCGAAAACUGCUCCAGCGGUCGACGGUCGAGUGGCGGGGGGGUGAAAACCCCGAGCUGUCAAACCCGAUGACUACCGCAAACUGCCCCGGGACCGAGGAGCUGGACUUCCGCCUGAUCUUCGGGGAGGACGGGCAGCAGCAGCCGUUAGGCCCGGCAGAUCUGGAACCUGAUGACAACACAUCGUUCUACAUCCUAAAUGUGGGCCAGCCCCAGGCUAUGGUCACUAACCACCAGUCUAUUGGCCUGCCUCGUCAUGGUAUGCAGUCUCACUCCCAGGCCAUCAACACUUCCCCACGCCUUCAGUCACACAAAUCAGGAUUGGAUCCCCCAUGCUAUGAGGGACAAGACUCCAAGUAUGGCUCCUCCCCUCUGCUGCCCUCUGCUCCUAUGGAGGCACCAAAGGCCUUUGAAUGUCCCAGUAUCCAAAUCACCUCCAUCUCCCCUAGCUGCCAGCAGGAGAUGGAUCCUAAUGAGGAGGAUCUGAGGGCCAAUGGCCCAGAUGGGGACUAUCACGGUGACAGACCUCUAUCCAGAGACCACCUGUAUUUGCGGCUGGACCACUCAUACCGGGACUCUUCGCUCAGUCCUAGCCCAUGCAGCAGUCUCUCUUCUAGGAGCUGGUUCUCUGAUGCCUCCUCCUGUGAAUCAUUCUCACACGUCUAUGAUGAUGUUGACUCAGAGCUUAAUGAAGCAGCUGCCCGGUUUACCCUGGGCUCCCCACUUACUUCCCCAGGCUGUGCCUCCCCUCAAACCGGCGGUGGAGUUUUGGAGGAGCAGCCCCAUUGGCAACACCACCACCCUGCCUUUGUGCACCACUCCCACUCCAUCAGCCUGUCACCGCGACAGUCACCCUGCCACUCGCCACGCACCAGUGUCACUGAUGAAAAUUGGCUCAGCCCACGGCCACCUUCCAGGCCAUCUUCCCGUCCCACCUCACCCUGCGGGAAGAGGCGUCACUCUAGUGCUGACAUCUGCUAUCCCAACCCAUUGUCUCCACAUCACUCACCUACACCCACGCCGGGACCUUCGCCCAGGGGCAGCGUUACAGAAGACACCUGGAUUGGCAGUCCUUCUGUGGGCAUGUCGCCCUUCCAGUGCUGCCCAUCAGAGGCAGACAUCCCAUCUAAGACAAGGAAGACCUCACAGGAUAGAACAGCUAUGCAGUCUGGGAAAGGGGAGCUGGGGCUAGAUGACCAAGGAAAUAUGUCGCCUAAUCUAGACUCUCCCUCAGACGAUUCCUUGCACAGCCUGAAGAAAGACGGGCCUGGGGAACAAUUCCUCUCAGUGCCCUCCCACUUCUCAUGGAAUAAACCCAAGCCUGGUCACACACCCAUAUUCAGGACCUCCUCCCUGCCUCCCUUAGAUUGGCCAUUGCCAAGCCAGUUUGGCCAAUAUGACCUGAAGAUAGAGGUACAACCCAAAGCCCACCACCGAGCUCACUAUGAGACCGAGGGCAGCCGAGGAGCCGUCAAAGCAGCAUCUGGUGGUCACCCAAUCGUCAAGCUCAUUGGCUAUAGCGAGAAGCCCAUCAACCUGCAGAUGUUCAUUGGAACGGCGGAUGACCGAUACUUAAGGCCGCACGCCUUCUACCAGGUGCACCGGAUCACCGGGAAAACUGUAGCCACAGCCAGCCAAGAAAUCAUAGUCUCCAGCACCAAGGUUCUCGAAAUUCCUCUGCUGCCCGAGAACAACAUGUCAGCCAGCAUUGACUGUGCCGGUAUCCUGAAGCUGCGGAACUCUGACAUCGAGCUGCGGAAGGGAGAGACAGAUAUAGGAAGAAAGAACACACGGGUUCGUGUGGUUUUCAGAGUGCACAUCCCUCAACCUAAUGGGAAGGUGCUGUCGCUGCAGGCUUCCUCCAUUCCUGUGGAGUGCUCCCAGCGUUCAGCUCAGGAGCUGCCGCAGGUUGAGAAAUCCAGCCUGACCAGUUGUGUGGUGAGCGGUGGAGAAGAGCUGGUCAUCACAGGCUCCAACUUCUUCCCAGAGUCCAAAGUCAUCUUCCUGGAGAAAGGCCCUGAUGGACGACCGCAAUGGGAGGUUGAGGCAAAAAUAAAACGUGAGAAAACUCAAGGAUCGUGCAUCGUGGUGGAGGUUCCCCCCUACCACAGUAAGACUGUGGGCUCAGCUGUGCAGGUGCAGUUUUAUGUCUGCAAUGGCAAGCGGAAAAGGAGCCAAUCACAACGCUUCACUUACCUUUCAGUCAUGGUGAAACAGGAGCACAGGGAAGAGCUGGACCAUCCUGCAAUACCCCCUAUGUCCAUGCCCCUGGCACAUGCUGCCAGUCUGGUGCGCACCCAGCUGCCUUCUCCUGAGCAGGGCCACCCAACAGAUAACCUUCUGUCCAGCUCCCCUCAUGGCCUGGCUGCAGGCUCUGGAACGGGCCUUCUGCCCCUGCAGGCCCCUUGCCCCUCCCUGGGCUCCCCAUCUUUCCAGCACCUGUCUCACCUCCAGAGUCGCAGUUUGCACCACCCCCCUGCGGAUUGCCACAUGACGUUCCACCCGAGCUCUGCUCCUACUCCUCUUCCUUCUCCUCCCUGCCCCUCCUACCAGCCUAUGCAGCACAGCCACGGUCAUGGUCAUAGCCUGCCUUUCAAUGGCCAGUCCAGCCUUCCUCCUCAGGGCUAUGAGAGGAUGCCCUUUCAGCAGAGCCCCACUGCAGCAUCACACCCAAUGGGUUUGGGGAUGGUGUACCCCUCUUCCCCUUGCUCCUCGCCAUCAGCUCCCUCCUCUUCAAGCACUAACCCCAUUGCUGGGUCUCCGCAGAGUCAGCAAUCCCUGCUUACGCCCUCAUCUCCACAUCUCCACACACUUGCAGGCUAUCACUGCUCUCCAAAUCCAACCCAGGUCUCUUCUCCCAAUUGUCACCCCCUUGUGGGGCAGCACUCCUCCCAGCUGCAGAGGGCUCUGGGCUACCACCCGGUAAGUCAAAGGUCAGCCUCCUGCCCCACACCCUCCAGCGCACCUCCACCAAGGAUGAUCCCCUCUCCGCACUCCGGGCCUUCCUCCCCUCAGCUCCACUCGCUGCCCUACCAGUCUCCCACCUCCUCCUCCCCUACUUCAGGCAGCAGUCCUUUGGGGCCUCUUCAACAGCAGCCUUCUCCGCAGGCUACAAGUCCAGUCAUGGCCAGCCUAUCCCCUGCAUCAGUGGGCCCUCUGGUUCACCCUCUGAGCCCUCAGGGGCCCUUCCCAUCGGACGGCGAGAGGAUGAACAUCAAGCAGGAGCCAGAGGACAGGGAGCCCACCUUCCGCUCUAUCGGCCUGCAGGACAUCACACUGGAUGAUGUGAAUGAAAUCAUCGGCAGAGACAUGUCCCAGUCCCCCAGCGCUCAUGGUCCUCCAUCAGCACACAACCAGUCAUAGCUCAGCCCCUCUCUCAGGCUCCCUGCACUACCCCCCCCCCCACCUCUAGCUCCAACAUGGACGCUUCUAAGCCGAGGUCCUGAUCCUGUGAUCGACGGGACAAGAGAGAGGAGGAGGAGACGAGGCUGCGGUUGUUGAUUCUGUGUGUCCCACCAGCCUGAGAAGAAGACGCUGUCUCAUCUAAUACUGAACACUUUGUCCUUUCAAAGAAACACAGACACAGAUCUCACAACCGAGAAGAAGAAGAACAGGAGAAAACAGCAACGUAGAUUUUUAAACUGAGGGUGAACUGGCUGGAGAAUAACGAGGAGCAGCUCUCCUGUCACUCCUCAGGUGUCGAGAUGUGAGCCCUCUCCUCUCGACCAAUCAGCUCUCGUCAUGAGUUCCGAGCACUCACAUUUUAGGAGUCACGUUUCUGCAGCGGAGACAAGACUCUCACUCGCCGUGACUCUCACCAGCAUCGACCAUCACGACGUCACAGCUGCGAUUCAGACGUCCCUUCAGGAUUUCCUCCGACAGCAUUUUUUUACAAACAGCAGUGGACUGAGCACAACAUGAGGUGAUCACACCUGGAGAAUUUAGACCUGGAAACAUUUAUUAACAGUGAAAUUUGAUCGUUGAAAUUUCAAACCAAACCAAACCAAACUGUCAGAUUCAGUAAAACUCCACUCUUCUUUUCUUUUCUCCCUUUUUAAAUAAUACAAAUAUGAACGCCCUGGUGUGCAGGAGCCUGGCAGAGAGAAACCAGCUCCCCUGGUGCUGGUUAUGGGAUCUGCAACAUUCCACAACUUUUAGAAACCUUUGCAGCCGUGUAGAUAUCUGUACAUGACCGCCCCCCCCCCUUCUGUUUCCUCAGCAUCACGUUGAACAAAUGCCUUAUUAACAUUUUUAGCAGCUUUGAAUGGUAGCAAAAGCUUUUUGUUUUCGUUGUUUUGCACAGCUGGCUUUGAGUUUGACUUUGAUAUUACUCCAUAAACAGAUGGUACGACUCUGGAUAGAAUUUUCAUGAAUCCUGACGAGGGGAUUCAGGACUGAGUGAACCCUCCUGUUUUGUUUCCCAGAUAUUUUGAAGACGCCCAUUUGUUCCAUGUUACAGAAAAGUGUUUUCAUUCAUCCACAGAGACGGACGAUCUUGGCCUCUGACAUUUCUUCUUCAUGCAUUAACUCCCCCCCGACAUCUCCCAGGGACCUUGUGUGCCUUCGAUUAAGUAACAGUCACCAGAGCUGUGACAGGACGACAGCUGAGGUGACAAACUGUAGGAUGAGUCAAGUUUUGAAAGUAUUUUAUACACAAAUAUAUAUAUAUAUAUAUAUUUGUGUUUCCUCCGCCCUUCUACUCCCUUUCUGUAAUGAACAAGGUAAAAUCCCAAAAGUCCAGAGAGCAACAUCUGGAUGUGACGGGGUCUUCCACAUUCCCCUCGGUUUGCAACAAUCGAUAUUUGCUGUUCACAAUCAAAGUCUCGUCCUGAACAGUGCGACAUAUUCAGUCUGGUUUCCUGUUCUGACAUAUACGCAGUGCCUGUGUGGCAGCAAUAACACAAUCCUGAUUUGUUUAAAAAAAAGAAAGUAUAUUCCACACACCUGAUGAGUGUGUGUAUGGACGGGUUCAGAUUCUGAUUUGACGAUUUCCAUUGGCUUCUUCUUUUUUAUUUUGCCUUAAGCUUGACAAUGACGCUCCUGCCUGCGAGAGCCGACGAGCGUCGCAUACGAUAGUGUGAAGUCGUUUUCCAGGUGAAAAUGAUUCUGCUAUGCAUUUAAAAUUCUGCCUGAUGCCUUUAAAAUAAAAAACACGACAAAAAAAGACCUUGAUGCCUAUAGAAGUAGACUGUAGACUUGUAGAUGCUGGGCUGAUUCUGCUGUUAGCGUCCUGCAUUCGUCCGAUCAGCCUCGUCGAGGACACAGCGCGAGCAUCUUAAUAGGUUCGGCUAUGUGUGUGUGUGUGUGCGUGUGUGUGUGGAUGGUCUGUGUUUCUACCAAAUAUGCUGUACAGAAGACAGGGAUUUAAAGAGUCCUAUUCUUUAACAACAGAAGCACACGUGCGUAUUUAAUCUAUGCAAACUAUAAGAAGCAAAUGUGAAAUAUGAGAAAUGAGAUUUGUAACGUCAAGUAAAUAAGAGGAGAAAUAAAACAUUCAGAAAGUGAGAGUAUCACGUCACUAUGUAAACUGUUAGGAGGCCUUAACUCUUGUGUCUGUGUAUGCUGUUCAGAGUUGAUUUCCCCCGAGACAUCGGUGAAUAAUAUUAUUAUUAUUAGGAUUUUGAGCGGGGGCAGGGUGGGUUGGAGAAGGAAGAUGGCGUCUUCUUCCUUUUUUUUUUUGCAUACAAAGCAGGUUGUGCAGCUUCAAGAAAAAAUAAAACAGAAAAACCAGCAUUGACAGUAAAACUCUGCCUGCCGUCCUCCUCUGUCACAACCAAAGACCGAACAAUAUGUUCCCACUUUACACGAUGGUAAAGCAACAGAGACUGUACCACUCUAUUUUUGAUACUUUAAAAUGGAUGUCAUUCCUAAAAGGUUGUGGUCAUGUAUGAGUGUUUAGUGUAUAUAUACAUACUAUAUAUACACUAGAUACUCACAUACAUAUAUGAAAUUGUUUUGUAAAAUAAAAGGGAAAUACAGGUUUAGCUGAUGUUUACCGAGCCUUGUAUUGUCAUUUCUUGUAUAUUUUGUAUGUUAAUUUUUUUUUGUAAUUUUUAAGACUGCAGUGCUUUUUGAAAUUAUUCAAAGGGAAAACCUUGCAUCAUAAUGUAGGCUCUAAAGUAGUGUAUAUCAAUAAAACUGAAAACUCA